AUGGACUCAAAUGAAAACAACAACUCUAUUACUUCUCAAGAGAUCCAGCAGUUUUCCCCCAACCACCUAAGUUUUGUUGACGAAAAAGAAGCCAAAGAUCACUCAUUCUCAAAGACAAGGCUCUCCAUUUCAACCCCAACAAGCUAUAUCUCCGACAAUAGUUCUCAAAACUCUCCAUCCACAAAAUCUCACACAAAAUCGAACUCCUGGAUUUUAAAGCCACUUGUAAACUCAAACAACAAUUUUGGGCUUGAAAAAUCCCGGUUUAUUUCACACGUGGACGAUCAUUUUAUCUGCAAAAUAUGCUCAUAUGUCGUAACCAAUCCAGUUGAAUGCGAGUCGUGCGAAAACCUUGUCUGUAAAAACUGCUGAAUAAAUAAUGGGCGCUGUCCUCAUGAAUGUGAAGAAUUUUCGACAAAAAAACUCGCCAAAUAUGCAGCUUCUGUGUAUUCGAAUUUCAAUUUAUGAUGCAAAAAUCAUGCACUUGGCUGUGCUUUUUCAGGAAUUAUCCCUGAUGUUUUGGCACAUGAAAUUGAUUGCUUGUAUAUUUUUGUGAAGUGUCAAAAUCCGCUGUGCCAAAAUGAUUUACUAAAAGCUGAUAAGUAUCAAGGGCCAAAUUCUUUGCUGGUUUGUAGUGAUGUAUGCAAACAUAUCGUAGAAUUUCAUCAAGAAAAUUUUGAAGACCCACUAGAGGUGCUUAAAAACUUCUCUUUUCAUUUAGAAGAAGCAAAGAAGAUUAUGGAAAUCGAGAUAAGAGAAGAAAUGAAUGAACAAAUACAGAAAAUUGCGAAGAAAAAUAAACAGAUCAGUGAAGCGAGCUAUGAAAAAGAAAGGCUGGAAGAAAAAAUUCAGAAACGGCUGAGCUAUUAUCAUUCUGGGAGGUGGAAUGUCAAUAGUAGGCUUUGGAGCUGCUGUGGGAAUACCAAUAAGUAUUCCAACGGAUGUAGAGAAAUAGGCGAUUAA